AUGGCCAUGGACAUGAGCGGCAUGGACAUGGGCGAUAUGUCCAUGGGCAAUGGCGUGCCCAGCCUCUUCACCUUCCAGCAGAUGUACUGGGCCGUUGUCGGUGCCGCUAUCGGUGCUGCGACAGUGGUCAAUCUGUUGAAUCGUUUUCUGGCGCGACAACGACUCUGCGAUGCCUCUGCCACGCCAUCGAAACCAAAGUCCCUCCUCUGGGGUACCUAUGCGACCAUCACCGCCAUGGCUCGGGAGGUGUCAUACGCAACGCUCCAGCCCAUCACAAUCGGACGCUAUACGCUUCAUCUGGCUCCGCUGGGCCCUGUCCUUGUCGUCCUAGCAAACCUGGUAGUGGUGGUCGUCAUGUGCUUCUUCAAAUUCAACACUCUCGAUCCGUUGAGCUGGGAGAAUAUCGGCUACCGGGCAGGGUUUGUUACCAUCUGCCAGUUGCCUCUGAUCUUCCUGCUUGCCGGCAAACAGAACAUUAUUGGAUUCCUAACGGGUCUGAGCUAUGAGCGCCUCAACUUCUUCCAUCGAUGGGUCGCCCGAACGCUGUGGCUGUCGGCCACCAUCCACAUGGGCUUCUGGUUCCGCGAUUACGGCCAAUACGACUACAUCGUGACCAUGCUGACAACCGAUCAGCUCACCAUGCGCGGAUUCAGCGCAUGGUGCAUCCUCACCUUUAUCGUCAUCACGACCUUUGCCCCGAUACGGCGCUGGAACUAUGAGAUCUUCGUGGUGCAGCAUGUGGUGACAUUUGCCGGGUUCAUUGCUGCGGUCUGGCUGCAUGCCACGGACGAGGUCAAAGUUUGGGUCUGGAUUCCCAUCGGUCUGUUUGCCUUUGAUCGACUCGUGCGAUUUCUGGUCCUUCUCUUCGCCAAUGUGUCGCUUCUUCACCCCUUUACACGGAGGAAGAAGAAGAGAAGUUUCUUCGCCAAUAAGGCGUCCUUCACCCCUCUGCCGGGGAAUGUCACUCGCAUCACCAUCCCAGACCCUGUCAUCAAGUGGAAACCCGGUCAACACGUGUUUCUGGCAUGUCACUCGAUCGUGCCUCUUCAGAGUCAUCCCUUUACAAUCGCUUCUAUUCCGUCCGACGGCAAGCUCGAAUUUCUUGUCCGGGCAGAAAAAGGAGGCACCCGACGGUUCUUCCGGUUCGCCUCAAAGCAUCAUGGGCUAUUAUUGGGUGAGACGGGAGUGAAUACGGACAGCAUGCGGACAGUGUUCGUGGAAGGGCCAUAUGGAGCAAUACGUCCUUUGCGCCAGUUUGAUAGUGUGGUGUUCCUGGCUGGCGGGAUGGGAUGCACGUUCACAGUCCCUCUGCUGCGAGACAUCGUACAGGGGUGGAAGGAGGAGUGCCAGAAUGCGUCUUGGGUGCUGUCCAGGGUGCCUCUUCUGCGGCGUGUACGACUUGCGGCCACCAAACGGAUCCGCUUUGUCUGGGUGAUCAAGACGCGCGCCCAGCUCAGCUGGCUCGAGUCGCAGUUUCAGUCGGUGCUCGAAGACAUAAGAAUGUGCCAGCAAUUGUCGCCUCAAUUCGACAAGGAGAUCGAGAUCAGUAUUUACAUCACGUGCGACGAGUCGCUGUCGGAGAAGCUCCCAGCUCAACCGUCCGGGCCGGACCCAAGACGCCAACCGAAUCAAUCCCUUCCCGAGACCAAAUCUGUCGAGACAAAGGAGAGUGAGAAAGACGACAUCUCAAUAAAGUCCCUUUCCAGGGGCUCCUCAUCCACGGAUGUGCAACGUCCUGGAGACGCCGUUGGCGGCUGCCGCGCCGAUGGCGGAUGCUGCUGCACCAUUACCAUCGAAGAUGAGAAUGCCUCCUCUCUUCCGAAAUGCACCUGUUCGGGCCAUGCACCACCUCCGUCGAAUCCUGCGCCAGAAAAAAAACCUGCGUCUCCAUCUCCAACCGGGACAGACCUGGCCACGCAAGAGAUCAAGAUGGUGGCCGGUCGUCCGCACCCUCGCACGAUUAUACGGAACGUCCUCGAACGGGCCGAGGGCGAAAGCGCCGUGGUUGUGUGCGGGCCGCGGGGUCUGGCGGAUGAUGUGCGUCGGAGCGUCGUGUCGCUGAGCGACGAACGGGCGGUGCAUAAGGGCACGGGGGCGCAGGGGAUCUAUCUGCAUGUGGAGAAUUUCGGGUGGUAG